AUGAAUAUGGCUAAACUACUUCUGGACUCAAUAUAUGCGGUACUAUAUCCGAUUGCAGGACCAGCGCUGCCUCCAGGCUACAAAAGCAGCUGUAGCUCAGAAACACCUGAGAGUGAUGACGACUCAGAGUCUCUUCCUCUUCCCAGAGAGGAAGAUAGAGAUUCCGAAGAGGAGUCAGAAGGUGUUCCAACACCCAAAAAACUAAAAAGAAUUCAGGAAGAUGAUGAUGGAUUUUUUGGACCUGCUCUUCCUCCUGGUUUUAAAAAACAGGAUGAUUCUCCAGAGAGGCCCGUUAUAGGUCCUGCAUUACCACCUGGCUUUAGGAAACCUUCAGAGGAUGCUGGGAAUAACAAAUAUUCCAUAGGACCUUCUGUUUCAUCAGAAUUCUGUACCCAGGUAACAGAUAGUAGUGAAGAGGAAGACAACCUUAUAGGCCCAAUGCCUGCAAAAGGACCAGUGGAAUCUGAUGUAACGAAAGAAUUUGAACGCAGAGCUCAGAGAAUGAAAGAAAAACUUACUUCAGCAGACAGUGAUGAACCCAAGCAAGUUACCAGGGAAUCGUGGAUGACAGAGCUUCCACCUGAACUGAAAAGCUUUGGGUUUGGCCCAAGAACAUUCAAGAGAAGAGCCGAUGAAAAAUCAGGCGAUAGAUCCAUUUGGACAGAUACUCCAGCGGACAGAGAGAGAAAAGCCAAAGAAAGAGAAGAGACAAAAAAGUCAACCAGCAAGGAUGAUGAAGAAAUUGUAUUGUCUGGGAGAGACAAGAGACUUGUUGAGCAGGUGACUUCAUACAAUGAGUCGAGGAGGUCAGAAUCUCUCAUGGACAUACAUCAUAAAAAGCUGAAAAGCAAAGCAUCUGAAGAAAAGAAACCUCAAGAAAGAAGGCCUUUUGACCGAGACCAGGAUCUCAAAGUCAAUCGAUUUGAUGAAGCACAAAAGAAAGCCCUGAUAAGAAAAUCCAGAGAUCUGAAUACUAAAUUUGAGCAUAGUAAAGGCAAUAUGUUUUUAUAACAUAAAAGCUUGAAGCUUUUUUGAAGUCAGUUAAAUUUCAAAUACUUAAUUUUUUAAGUAUGUUUCUGUAAAUAUUUGUGUGCAAAAUAAAUAUCUUAUUGUUUUAGAACUAUUUUUCCUUUUCUGUAAAUAUUAGGAAGAAACAUCCAUAUUAAGAAUAAACUGAUAAAGGCACAUGCUGGAUAACAAAAAUAAUAGUGUAAACUUGCUACUUUGAAACAGUCAUUUUUUUUUGUUAGCAUGAAAUUAAUUAAAAUAAGUAUUUUUAAGGAGCUUUAUAACCAAUCUUGCAGUAGGGUUGACAGUUUCUUCGUUUCACCUGCCAUGCUUAAGUUCUGUUUGCUGAGCCUGGCCUGAUGGCCAUGGAAGUAUCCCCAUUAGGCUUGUGGGCAGGACACUUCUUGACUGAAGUUUCUGCUGGGGAGUGUAAACUAAAAUGACACCUUUCACCCCCAAGAAUGACUUGUAUUUCUGAAAAGGUGUGUCUACACAAAUAUGGGUUUGUAUAUGUGCAGUAUUAAUUCUGUACUAUAGCAGGGAGAGAUAGUAUUAGCAGAAGAGGUAAUAAAACCCCAAGAUUUGCAGAUUUAAUUGUAAAGUGGUGGUCUACAAGAAGAGAAAAUCUAAUCUGAGUCUAAUCGAUUUGCAGGGCUCAUCCAUCAGCAAACCCAUCUCACUUAAGCAAAUGCAAAGUGAAAAUCAAACAAUAAUAAACCUUACUUUGUCAGUUAUUUUGCAGAGCAGAAUGCCUCUUUUGUCUCAAAAAGGAAAUACAUUUGCUAUUUAAAAAUCUACAUCCAUCCUUACAGUUCUUUAGCUUUUGUGUGUGUGCAUGUGUAGCACCUGAAGUGAAAGUUGUGUUAAUAUUUGGGCUUCAGUCAGUCUUCCUCUUUCAAGUAGCAUUUGAAUCCUUUCAAAGGAGUUAUUGGAAAGGGUCAAAAUAUGGUCUAUCCGUGUACAUAGUUUUAUACCACAAACCCUAGCAGCAUUUUUGAAAGUGUCACACAUUUUACAUAUUAAAUACCAUCUGGUUCACUGUAAUUUGGGAGAAAAACUACUGUGACAGACUGUAUGUUCAUUUAUAUGAACAGAGCAAUGACCCAACAAGUCACAGAAGACGAUGCUUUUGGCCGUACUGCAUAUGUGCGUGAGCCGAAGGCACAGUAUCCGUGUGCUGAAAAAUCUUGGGGGAUUUUCAGUGUCACAAGUGAAUGCAUAUGUACAAUAUAUUUAACAUAUAGACAGCACAUUUUUUAAUAGUCAAUUUGUUUUGUGUUUUGAAAAAUCAGCUGCCUUUAGUGGGAAGAAGGAUCUGGUUUUGUCUUAGGUUUUUGGGGAUUCUUUUUGGUUUUUAAAUCACUCAGUUUUGAGUUUCUGAGGCUUUGUUUCAAGGGGAGAGGAGGAUUUGAAUGCAGACCUUUUUAUUUUUCUCCUUUCAAGCAGACCUUUGUUAGUGGGUCUCAGCAAACAAUUUCUCAGUUGGUUAUUACUUUCAGAGUUGUCUCCUUCCCCCUUUUGAUCAAAAGUAGCUCUUCUGCAACUGUAGGUUAAACAAUAUCUCUGUAGCAAUUCCACUAUUUCUUAAAUGGAAAGGUAACAUUAAAUAUAUUUAACUGUGGUUGUUUUAUUUAGGCAACUAGAGCAAUGACAGAAUGAGCAUCAUACUUAAAUUGUGGUUCACAAAAAAUGAUCCUCAUGCCCAGUUUUGGAAACCCUACUGCCAUGACAAAGUGAUUUAGUAUCAGAUGUUGCCUUACACCUAAAGAACGAAUGUCACAGACACGUUGAGAAGUCUUUGCUCAUCCAGAGAGUCUUUAACAGGGAGUGUUUGCACAAACAAGGGCUGCUUGCAUUAAAGUUUCUUUGUUAUGCUCUUGGUUUUCAUUUUUGUUCUUUAGUCGCUCCUCCAAAUUCAGGACCAGUUGUCAGAUGUCGCUGACUGCCAGCUCUUGCCAUCCAAGUAAGCUGAGAUACUCUUCUUGUUGGCUUCCUCCCCUCUCUGCCCUCAUCAUGGUCUUCCACCCCACCCUACUCCAAAGGCAUGUUUGAAUGGAGGGUCUGUGCUGCUCCGGAGGAGGGUUAACAAGGGAGCUCCAACAGCUGCAUCAUGCCAAUGUGGCUUCACAUAAUUUUACAGUCAUUGCACCUCGGUACGUGGGAUAGGCAGGUCUCAUUCAUAAAGCCUUGAAUACACAUUUGGAACACAAUUUCUCUGAUCGGUUUAAUAUUUUUUUGCUCUGAAGCAGCCUCUUGAGGAACUUGAUGAAGUAUGUGGUGCAAACUUCGGUGAGGGGGAAACUGGAAUUGUUGAGAGUUUCAAUUUAAGCUUUUCAUUACUUUGUGUAAAUUGAGUGAACUUUCGAGAUGCAUUAAUA